CAUUCGGAAGUUGUAAUAAAUGUAGUUCCUGUUUGAGGAACUGCACAGGGCUAUCAGAAUAUUGUACAGUCCAUGUAAAGCCAGCGAUGUCGGAGUCUCCGGACGCUCGCAGCCUGGUCUCUGUUUCGUCCCAGGUCAACCUGAUGGACGUGGACACGAUUGAUGAUAAGGAGUUUGACAUUCCCCAAGUGGACACACCUCCCACACUGGAGAGCAUCCUCAGUGAGUUGGAGGAUGAGGAUGAACCAUUUGUGCUGGAGGACACCAGCAUACUAAACACAGACAGCAUGGAUGCUCACUCCUGUGAUACGUCCUCUCUGGCCAGCUCUGACAGUGGAGACCCAGCACACCUGAAACGAAAGAGGAGGACAGUAGAUGUGAAUGCAACAGUUCAUGGGUCUGUUCUUCGACACAGUCUGCUGAAGGGCAUCUCUGCCCAGAUAGUCUCCGCUGCGGACAAAGUGGAUGCUGGACUGCCAACUGCUAUAACAAUGGCAGGUGUGAUUGCUGUGGGAACAUCUCAUGGUCUGGCUCUGGUCUUUGAUACCAACCAGGCUCUGCGGCUCUGUCUGGGUACUAAGACAGCAGGAGCGGAGUUUGGAGCUGUUUCUGCCCUCAGCAUCAACCAUGAUUGCUCACGACUUCUUUGUGGUUUUGCCAAAGGACAGAUUACAAUGUGGGAUCUAGCCCAUGGGAAACUUCUGAGAACUAUCACUGAUGCCCACCCUCCAGGGACAGCUGUACUUCAUGUGAAGUUCACCGAUGAUCCAACUCUUGCGGUGUGCAAUGACAGUGGAGGAUCCGUUUUCGAGCUGGCUUUCAGGAGAGUGAUGGGGAUGCGGUCCUGUGACUCUCGAUGUCUCUUUAGUGGUUCUAAAGGGGAAGUCUGCUGUAUUGAACCAUUGCGUGCCCCUCCAGACUUGAGAGACCAUCCCAUCAUGCACUACUCUCUGCUGGCUAUGGCCUCUCUCACUAAGAUUCUGGUCAUUGGACUAAAGCCCUCCCUGAAAGUCUGGAUGGCUUUACCCUACACCAAGUCUGAUCCGUCCAGUGUUCCUCAGCUGACUUGGCAGUUUGUUGCUGUUCAGAAGACAGUGAACCCGAUCCUUGCUUUUUGCAAAGGAGACACAGUCCACUUCCUCCUGGUAAAGAAGGAGGAGACGGGGACCAUCCAUGUCAUCAAACAAAGACAACUCCACCUCAGCUGUGACAUUAUUAGCCUGAGCUGGAUUAACAGUCACACACUGGUCUUGGUAGACAGCCAUGAAAAGCUGCAGGUUGUGGAUCGGCCCAGUCAGGAGGUUUUGGAGACUCUGGACUUAGAGCAAGUGCAAUUGGUCUAUAACAGCCGACAUUUCAAAUCACUGGCCACUGGAGGGAAUGUCUCCCAGGCUCUGGCUUUAGUCGGAGAAAAGGCCUGCUACCAGUCAGUCUCGAGCUACGGAGGACAGAUAGUCUAUUUGGGCACCAAGUCAGCUCACAUUAUGACUCUAAGGAACUGGAGAGAGCGUAUAGAAUACCUCCUGAAGCAGGAGCAUUUUGUUGAGGCUCUCUCUCUGGCAUGGUCCUUCCACGAGGGAACCGCUAAGGCUGUUGUUGGACUAUUUGGAGAUCCAGUGAAAAGGAAGGUAGUGGUAGGUGACAAGAUGGUAGAGAUCCUUUUUCAGUUUGCAGAGCAUGCUUUGAAGAAGUUUUCAGAGCAAGGCAAGAUCCAAGUGAUGGAGCAACAUUUCCAUGAUGUGAUUCCUAUCUUGGUGGAUUACUGCCUGCUGCUACAGAGAGCUGACCAGUUGUUCAACCAGCUGUAUACUCGGCUCAUGGAGAACAAGGUUGCCAAAGAUGUCUUCCUGGAGUCCUUGGAGUCGUACAUUGUUGCAGACCGCCUUGGCCACCUUACCACACCCAUCAUGAGGGAUCUCCUAGCUCAUUACCAUGGCAAUGGUAUGAUGGACAGCCUGGAGAGAUGCAUAAUCCAUCUGGAUGUCACGAACCUGGACAUACAGCAGGUGGUUCGAGUGUGUUGGGAGAACCAACUCUAUGAUGCAAUGAUCUAUGUUUUUAACAGAGGCAUGAAUGAUUACAUUACACCUAUGGAGAAACUUUUUGCAGUGAUUGGUCCACCACUCAGGGAGGGGAGGAGCCUAACAGAUGAGGACGUGGUGAUGGGAAACAAACUUCUGGUGUACAUUAGCUGCUGUCUUGCAGGAAGGGCAUAUCCAAUAGGAGACAUUCCUGAAGACCUUGUGGUUCAAGUCAAGAACCAGGUAUUUGAGUUCCUAAUCCAUCUUCAUUCAGCCGAGUCUUCAGAGGAGGAAGAGAUUUUCCCGUUUAUUCGUACACUUCUCCACUUUGACACACGGGAGUUUCUCAAUGUUCUUGCAAUGACAUUUGAAGACUUUAAAAAUGACAAGCAGGCCCUUGAGUACCAGCAGAGGAUAGUGGACAUUUUACUUCAGGUGAUGGUGGACAACCCAGACUUUACUCCUUCCCAGGUGGGCGGGCUGUUCACCUUUUUGGCUCGACAGUUGGCCAAGCCAGAUAACACACUCUUUGUGAACAGGAAGCUCUUUGAUCAGGUUCUGGAGUUCCUGUGUUGCCCAGAUGAUGACUCCCGACACACUGAGAGGCAGCAGGUUCUGCUGGAACUGCUGCAGGUUGGAGGUGUGGUCCAGUUUAACGAAGAAAGGCUGUUGGCUUUGGCAGAGAAGGCCAAGUUCUACCAAAUCUGUGAAUUCCUUUAUGAGAAGAAAAAUGUGUACGACAGAAUCAUCGAAUGCUACCUGAGGGACCCCCUCCGAAAGGGAGAGAUCUUCAAUUAUAUCCAUAAUUUGCUGUCCAUGCCCGGCUACAGCCCUGAGGAUAAACAAACUGUCAAGAAUAAAGUACUGCAACACAUACAGGAUCUGAUGACCCUUGACUCCAGCAAAUCAGCUGAUCUAGUGGUGUUUUUCUUCACUGAAGACGUACAACAAAUCAUCUCUGAGAUUCAGGAUGACCAUCUACUUUUCAAGUUCCUCAGCUGCCUCCUGGAGCCACGGGAAGGCCAUCACUCAGGGACUAGCUUUCUUCUACAACCCGACCUCCAUGAGCUUCUGUUGGAUUUACUGUGUCGCUUUGCCCCACAGCAGCUCCUAAGCUUCCUCCAGACCUCACAGCACUACAGACUGGAGGAGGCCAUACAAAUAACAGAGAAGUACCACCACAAUGAUGCUACAGCCUAUCUGCUAGAGAAGAAGGGAGAUGUUCAUGGAUCAUUUGCUGUAUUGCUAGAGAUGUUGAAGGAAAGACUGUCUCUCUUCACUGCUGAGUGUGACAGAGGAGUUGAAGGAGGCGAUGGAAGACAGGAUGAAGAGGAGGGAAACCAGGAGUCAAUACUGACCAAAGUAAAGGAUUCACUCAAUGAGAUCAUUGCCUUGUGUCAUCGAAGCUCUCAUAACCUUGACCAGCAUCAAAGAGAGGUUCUGUGGUUUCCUCUUCUGGAGACCAUGAUGGCUUCGCGGAAACUAGUGAAAGGACUCCAUGCUAAACACACCUCAGAGGUGCUGAAGGAGCUGACAAUGAAGGUUCUCAACUGUAUGAGCAGCUUUAUUUCUCUGCCUGCCAUCAUCCAACGAAUACUGCAGGACCCAGUUUAUGGCAAAGGAAAGCUGGCAGAGAUCCAAGGCCUCAUUUUGGGUAUGCUGGACACGUUUAACUAUGAACAGACUUUACUUGAAACAACCACCGCUUUGUUGAACCAUGAUCUCCACUGGUCCCUGGCUCACCUGCAUGCUGCUGUCACAAGGGGACUCCACCCACGACAAGACUACUGUAACAUCUGCCUGCAGCAGUACAAGAGGAGGCAGAAUUCAGCUGAGGAGAUCAUUGUGUUCAGCUGUGGCCACCUGUACCACUUCCAGUGCCUGCAGCAGAAAGACUGUGGGAGGGGCUUUACUUCAAAGCUGCAACAGCAUUGGAGCUGCUACAAGUGUUCCUCCAGCCAAGGAGGAAGGGGUGGGCAUUCCACUGAAGCAAAAAGAGGCCGGAACACUUCCCUAGCACAGACUCAUGUUACUUCAGUGCAUCAUGAUGCAGGAGCAGAGCCUCACAGGAAGAAGCAGGAACAGUCCUGGGAUCAGCUACGCUGUUUAUACCGAGGACCCUCCAGGUUGUCCAUCCUCUCAGAGCUCUCCCACGGCCACAGCCAUGAGACAGCGAGAACUGUAGUUCCCACUCAAGCAGGAACAGAGAAUUUCCAACUUCAGCUCACUCCUCCACCUCUGUUGGAAGAAUAGCACCAUGACCGAUUGAGGAUUAACUUUUCCUUCAUUUGUUCAAACCUGAGUCAGGGAUGACUGGUUAAAAACAAGAGAUUGUGUUUUCUGCUGAGUACCUGCAGUUCCCUAACUAUUCUGCAUCUGUAUGGGUUGUUGGUUUCAAAUGGUUUGAUAAUUUAGAGUCACUAAGAUUGUUCUAAGGAAUGUAUCUUUAGUUUUAUCCUCUGUAUAUGUACUACAGCUAGGUCAACCAUCUUGCUUUGGGUAGAUGCUAAUGUAACUGCAAAGAACGUUGGGAAAUGACAUGGAUGUUGUUUUACAAGCAUGAAAAGAUGUACACUGAUUUCACCUCUCAUUUUGCCAGUCUUAUAUGAAACACUCAUAACUUCUUUCAUCACAAAUAUGAUAAAUUGCCUUUGCUGACUGAACUCAAAAUCUCAAGAGUUGCUUUUUGUGGAAGAAUCAUCAUUCAAAGCAGAACAGAAGAUAAUGUUAUUAAUGAUUAGUCCUGUUGGGGUUCUUUUUUCAAAUAAGUAGUUAGGAGAAAACAACUUCUAACCAAAUGAAUCUCACAUUAGAGACUGAACAACAGGGUAUAAAUUUCACAAUGGCCGUCAUUGCCCUGGCAUCUGGCUGUGAUGCCCUGUAUAUCUGUUGGAGUUCCACAGCCACAGUGGCCAUUGUGACCUCAUCAGAUCUCAGGAGCAAUCUCUGUAAGUGAUCGUUCUACAGUCACUCACGUAGAUGUGUGUGUAUGGAUGUAUUAAGGAGAAUAGUGCUUAAUAAAGCUGUUCAUGCAGGAGUGCUCCUUAUAAAAUCUCAGAGGUUCAUAUAAGUUGGCAGAAUAUGCCAUAGAAUUUAAUGUUAUUUGCUUUUUAACACUAUUUGGUAACAUCAACAUUUACUGUUUGGUGGUAAACUUCUGUGCCCUAUGUUCACUAUAUCUGUGCUCUAAUUUUAAAUGGUCUUAUACUUGUAUAGCACUUUUCUAUGCAUUGCAUCACACUCAAAGUGCUUUCACCCUAUUUACACUCCCAAAUUCACUCACCAGUGACAUCAAUGUCUUGCUCAAGGACACUUCAACACAUGAACUGGACAAGCCGGGAAUGGAACUGCUAAAUUUCCAGUUAAGAGAUGACCUGCUCUAUCUCCUGAGCCACAGCCGCCCCUAAUUUUAGUUCAGAGUGCACAUCAAUCAAGCUGGCAGAUCGAAGGAUAUGACAUUUAUUUCUGUCUAUAAGCUUCAGGAAACCUCAGAGGCUGUAAAACGUUACAUGAAAUGUACCGCGUUUUUUUCUGCUAUUUGAAAUAAUAAUAAUGAAAUAAUGUCAUCAUGAUGCCAGAAGAAUAUAAUUAUUGCACCUGUUACCGUAAUUAAGAGAACUCAGACAUGUUUUCCUCUGUUUUUUCUUUAAUAUAUCCAUGAUUCUUCCGUG